CGUUUCCCGCUCACACGCGCCACGCAGAGAAGACAGCGCUGAAAGUACACUACCUGCCGCGGCGUGACACCUUUACCACUCAGCAACCAGUUCAUUGACACGGCUCGGUCAGCUCACCAUGCCGCCAGACCUCAACUCGCUGCCGGCCUCGCCGUUGCCUCGCAAAACCGUCAACCUCACCCGUAAUGGAACCUCCACGGCCGGCCGCGCCAGCGGCGAGAAGCAGCCCAACAUCCUGUACAUCAUGGCCGACCAGCUGGCGGCGCCCCUGCUCAAAAUGUACAACCCGGACUCGCAAAUUCUCACGCCCAACCUGGACGCGCUGGCUGCCCGGUCCGUCCAGUUCGACUCGGCGUACUGUCCGUCGCCGCUGUGCGCGCCCUCGCGCAUGAGCAUGAUCACGGGGCUGCUGCCCAUGAAGAUCGGCGCGUUCGACAACGCGGCCCAGAUCUCGAGCGACAUCCCCACGUACGCGCACUACCUGCGCCUGCGCGGCUACCACACCGUGCUGGCGGGCAAGAUGCACUUCGUCGGCGACCAGCUGCACGGGUACGAGACCCGGCUGACCAGCGACAUCUACCCGGGGGACUUCGGCUGGGUCGUCAACUGGGACGAGCCGGACACGCGCCUGGAAUGGUACCACAAUGCCAGCUCCAUCCUGCAGGCGGGCGUGUGCGUCCGGAGUAAUCAGCUCGACUAUGACGAGGAAGUCAUGUACCGGUCGACGCAGUUCUUGUAUGACCAUGUCCGGGAGGGGCCCGAUGCGCGGCCGUUUUGCUUGACGGUCUCCCUGACGCACCCCCACGAUCCCUACACCAUCGAGCAAAAGUACUGGGAUCUCUACGAGGGCGUCGACAUCGAGCUGCCAAAGGUCAAGAUCCCCAAGGAGGAGCAAGACCCGCACAGCAAGCGGCUGCUCAAGGUGUGCGACCUCUGGGACACCGAGUUCAGCGACGAGCAGAUCAAACGCGCGCGGCGGGCCUAUUACGGCGCCGUUAGCUACGUCGACGACUGCGUCGGCAAGCUGCUCAACGUGCUCAAGCAGUGCCGGCUCCGCGAGAACACCAUCAUCAUCUUCAGCGGCGAUCAUGGCGACAUGCUCGGCGAGCGGGGGCUCUGGUACAAGAUGAACUACUUCGAGUCUUCGGCCCGCGUGCCGCUGCUCGUAUCCUACCCGGCGCGGUUCACCCCGCACCGUGUCAGUUCCAACGUCUCGACCCUGGACAUCCUCCCCACCAUGUGCGACCUCGUCGGCACCAAGCCGGCGCCGUACCUCCCCAUGGACGGCGUCUCGCUGCUCCCGCACCUCGAGGGCCGCUCGGGCGAGGGCCACGACGAGGUCUUCGCCGAGUACACGGGCGAGGGCACGGUCAGCCCGCUCAUGAUGAUCCGCCGCGGCAAGUGGAAGUAUAUCACCUGCCCCGCGGACGGGUCGCAGCUGUACGACAUGGAGGCGGACCCGCUAGAGUUGGACGAUCUGGUCAAGAGCGGGGCGGCGGCGAGGGACGAGAAGAUCAAGCGCGUGUUCGAUGCGUUUGAGCAGGAGGCGCGGGAGAAGUGGGACUUCGAGGACAUCACGCGGCAGGUGCUGCUCUCGCAGCGGAAGAGGAGGCUCGUGUGGUCGGCGCUGACCAAGGGGCGGUUUACGAGCUGGGAUUUCAACCCGGAGGACGAUGGCAGGGAGAAGUAUAUCCGGUCACACAUCCCGCUGGAUGACCUCGAGCGCAGGGCGCGCUUCCCUCCUGUGGAUGAAUUUGGGCGCGAGACGGGGGCGGCCAUCGUCGCUGACCAGGCCGGUUCCCAUGGGGAGUGACGGAGUUGGGCGGGAGCAGUCCGAGGUUCAAAAGUCUCUUGAACUGCAGCUUCACUUUUCUUUCGUUCUUUUUCUUCUUUCCUUUCCUUUUCUUUUUAUACGGCGAUGCGGUUCCCGCGGUGGUUUACCCUAAGGCAUUUCUAGCGAGGCGUAGAGCGUUGAUAAAUCAUUAGCGGACAUUUGAGCGCCAUUAGUUACCGAAGUCACAAUCCUGGAGAACAAGACGCAAUUCUCGAGUGUUUGGAGUUCAAAAGCAAUGCUUUGCACUUGGUCGGCUCAGGGUUAGGGUCAGUUAGCCCCUCGGUGCUUGUGAGUGGAGGGAGGU